GGGCGGCUGCGUUUCAGGUUUACGAAGCAGAGAAUUACUUCACAUGGAAAGGUUCAUAGCUGAAGAUUUAGCUACUCGAAACUAUAAAGAAUUUUUACAGCUGUACAACAAGCUUACUCAGAACUGUUUUAUUGCUUGUGUGACAAAUUUGAAUUAUCGCAAAGUUACUGCAGAAGAGGAAUCAUGCAUUGACACUUGUAGCACAAAAUGGAUGAAUCUCAAUCAGCGUCAAAUGGCAGUAUUCAUGGAGGUUGGGCCCUUGGCAGAUAAGAAGAUGGGUCAGUCUGUUGGCCAUGGAAUGUGACAUUUCAUUUUGGAUGUAAACAAAUUUCAGCUUAAAUCAGAUUAAAAGGCAGCCUUUGUAUUUCUCAGA